AUGGCAGAAGGCUCAGCUGUACCCACUGCCAGCAAGGGCUCUUGGGGUUCUUUCCUCAAGUCGAUAGCCUCUUUCAAUGGCGACCUCUCAUCUCUCACUGCCCCCGCCUUCAUCCUGUCGACAACUUCACUCACAGAGUUCUCGGCAUACUGGGCUGAGAUGCCCUCAGUCUUGGUCGCUCCCGCCUCGGAACAAGACAAGCAGAAGCGCUGCAUGCUCGUCCUCAAGUGGUUCCUGAGCACUCUCAAGCAACAGUACACCUCGCGUAACGAGAAGCUCGGUAGUGAGAAGAAGCCCCUCAACCCCUUCUUGGGUGAGCUGUUCUUGGGCAAGUGGGUUGACCAGGCCGGCACCACUGAGCUCGUCAGUGAGCAAGUCAGCCACCACCCUCCCGUCACUGCAUACAGCAUCUGGAACAAGCAACACGGUGUCCGUCUCCAAGGAUACAACGCCCAGAAGGCCUCGUUCGGUAGAACCAUCAACGUCAAGCAGAUUGGUCACGCCGUCCUACACAUUGAUCAGUUCGACGAGGACUACCUCAUCACCCUCCCCGCUCUCCACAUCGAAGGUCUCAUUACUGGUUCGCCAUACGUCGAGCUCGAGAAGAGCACACACAUCGUUUCCUCCACUGGUUACACUUGCAAGAUCGACUACAGCGGCAAGGGCUGGGUUAGCGGCAAGAAGAACUCUUUCACUGCCACAAUGUACCCCAACGGACGCGAAAAGGAGGUCAUCUACACCGCUGAGGGACAAUGGAGCGGCAACUUCACCAUCAAGGAUGCUAACAAGAGAGUUGUCGACUCCUACGACGCCGCGAAAAUGCAGAAGACUCCCCUGACAGUUGCACCUCUCGAAAAGCAGGACCCUCUCGAGUCGCGCCGCGCUUGGUCCAAGGUUGCUGAUGCCAUCAACCGUGGUGAUAUGGACACCACAUCGACCGAGAAGUCGCUCAUCGAGAACCAGCAGCGCGAGUUGCGCAAGAGGGAAAAGGAGCAGGGCUCCGAGUGGCAGCGUAGAUUCUUCAACCGUGUGCCUAACAGUCCACGUUUCGACGCCAUGAUUCACCAGGUUCCUGGCGGCAGUCUUGAGGCCGAGAAGACAAACGGAGUUUGGGAGUUCGACCCUGCCAAGGCCAAGGCAGCAAACCCUGCCUACGACAUCUAA